AUGGUGGAAUGCGCAGCUGUGGGAUCUGCUCCGAUUAACUUCGCCGCCAUUCUUGUAACUGUCACCUAUAACCCGCGCAGGUGUGUCCGCACUGCCCUGAGUGAACAAGAAAGAAAGGAUUUCUCAGAGCAACCCCCCCGGUUUCAAACCCAAGAGUCAACUUUCUUGUAUGAGCAUUCGGUACAUGAUCUCCCCAUUCGCCGCGAUUCAUUGUUGUUUUUACACACUAGGCUUCCCUUCUCUGAAAGCUCCGCAGGACCACCUACCACUAGUCUUCAGUUAGAGGGGUUUAUUAAACAAAAAAUAGGACGCUGGCUCCCAAAGAGGGAAGCCCAACGAAUGUCAGAUGCAAAGCCCCACACCUCAUUAAGAUCAUAUUGGCAUACUCUCCCAAAAAAGAAAGAGCAGACCCCAUUAAAGAUGGGAGUGAGGUACAACAAGGUGCACGUUAGCGUCCACCGCCCUUCUCACGGAGCCGUACGUGGACGUUACUGCUCAUACAGCUCCUAGCCAGCAAGAAUUAGCCUUCCUCUACAAGGAAUGGAAGGGUAGCUGAAUCAACAUCAAAUAGAGGUUCGAAGCAAACUCUAA